AUGUGGUCCAAAUACCAACGGCCCUCCGAGACUGCCCAUCGAACGAUGAGCGGAGAAAGACAAAUGACCAGUGACAACCCAGCCCGCCGGUUACAAAGCGGUCUCUUCUGUGAUGCGUGUCAAUCGUCGGCCAACGAUUGUUUUUGGAAAUGCAGCCAGUGCAACGAGGGAGACUGGGGUUUCUGUAACUCCUGCGUCAACCAAGGAAGAUGCUGCACCCACUCCCUGUUACCCAUCCGGCGCAUUACCCAUAGUCCACCUCCAUCAACAUCGUCCACCACACCACCGCCAGCUGAAUCAAAUACCCUCCCCACGCCGUCCGAGAUCGAGAGCUUCAAAAUUCUCUCAUUCUCAACAAACUGCGAUAUCUGCACCUACCCAAUCCCAGCCUCAACUACCCGCUACCAUUGCCUGGAAUGCAAUAACGGUGACUACGACGUCUGUACAAAUUGCUACCUCAAACUCGUGGCAACAGGCAAAAUCACCAAAGAAAAUGGACACAACGGCUGGCGGCGCUGCCUCGCCGGUCACCGCAUGAUAGUAGUCGGCUUCGAAGACCACGAAGAAGGCCAGCGCCGCGUCAUUGUCCGCGAUCUUGUGGGUGGUCGCGCCCUGAAAGACGAGCACGUAGCGCAAUCACAAUUACAAUCACCAACUUCCUCCCCAGCAACCGGCGGCCCCGUUGCAUCCCCGGAGUUAGGAACCGGUGACUGGAGUUGGAAGGACGGUCCCGAGCGCCGUAAGAAAGCAUCCCGUCUGCGCGCCGGGCCUGCCCUUACGAACAGUGCCACCGGAAGUACCGUCUCUGCUUCUGACCCCUCAAACCCACCCCUUUCCAGCUCCACCGCGACUCCCAUUAUCCCGCCCUUCCACCGAUUCCCUCCUGAUGGUGGCGUCGGGCUUAUCGUCCACGCCCUCUGGUCAUGGUACCCGGAAGAAGAAGUCCAAGACGAGCUUGUUUUCCCGCGCGGUGCACAUAUUACCGAAUCGGAGAAUAUAAACGAUGAUUGGUUCUGGGGAUGCUAUGCUGGUCGAACGGGACUGUUCCCUGGUUCCCAUGUUGAAUUCGUCAGGGAGGUGCAUAGGUAA